CCACGAGAACCCGGAUGGAACCCCGGGCGGCUAGAGCGGGGGAUACCGCAGGCGCUGCUGUUUCACCGCGCCCCGCAGGGUCCUGCUCGAGAGUCGGACACGAGGAACCGCCACCUAGACUGGUUCCAGCGCCCGGAGGCUGGGCCCCAGCCUGAGCGGAGAGCGAACUGGAGCCUGAAACGGGCGCCUAAAAGAAGCCCGAGCAUCCCCUUGGGCCUGCUCCUCUGGCUCGGAGACGUCGGGUGGAGACCGAGCAGAGUCUUCUUCCCGCGCCGCCGGCGUCCUUAGCUCGCCGGGCCGCCUCCUAAAUGCUCCGUCCUUAUAAUACACCAACAGAUCCUACCAGUACAAGCUGAUGUUGUUUACAUGCAUUCUCAUAAUUAAACUUCCCAACAGCCCUAUAAGCAAAAAGUCUGCGACACCUCUGGAAUACUACGUGAGAAUUUUGGGGUGCCAUGUCGAAGAAACGCAAAUGGGACGAUGACUAUGUUCGUUACUGGUUCACCUGUACAACGGAGGUUGAUGGAACUCAGCGCCCACAGUGUGUAUUGUGUAACUCUGUAUUUUCAAACACUGACCUCCGACCAUCAAAACUGUCUGACCAUUUUAACAGACAGCAUGGUGGUAUAGGUGGGCACGAUCUCAAUAGCCUGAAACAUGUGCCAGCACCAUCUGAUCAGAGUGAAACCCUGAAAGCAUUUGGAGUUGCAUCACAGGAGGAUACCUUACUACAGGCAUCAUAUCAGUUUGCGUAUUUAUGUGCCAAGGAGAAGAAUCCUCAUACGAUAGCUGAAAAAUUAGUGAAACCUUGUGCACUGGAAAUAGCACAAAUAGUUUUGGGACCAGAUGCACAAAAGAAGCUUCAGCAGGUAUCCUUAUCAGAUGAUGUGAUCCAUUCUAGAAUUGAUGAAAUGAGCCAGGAUAUCUUACAGCAAGUUCUAGAAGAUAUCAAAGCCAGUCCUCUUAAAGUGGGUAUUCAGCUUGCUGAGACAACAGACAUGGAUGACUGCAGUCAGCUAAUGGCAUUUGUGCGAUACAUAAAGGAAAGGGAGAUCGUAGAAGAAUUCCUAUUCUGUGAACCAUUGCAGUUAACAGUGAAGGGAAAAGCUGUGUUCAAUCUGUUCAGAGACUUCUUUUUGAAGCAUAAGAUAGCACUCGAUGUAUGUGGCUCUGUUUGUACUGACGGUGCCUCUUCUAUCCUAGGAGAAAAUUCAGAAUUUGUUUCCUGUAUGAAAAAAGAGGUACCUCAUAUCGUGAUCACACAUUGUUUAUUGAACCCUCAUGAACUUGUCACAAAGACAUUGCCUACAAAACUGAGGGAUGCUCUUUUUACUGUGGUGAGGGUAAUAAAUUUUAUCAAAGGGCGAGCUCCAAAUCAUCGCCUGUUUCAGGCUUUUUUUGAAGAAAUUGGAAUAGAGUAUAGUGUUCUCCUUUUCCAUACUGAAAUGAGGUGGCUUUCCCGAGGCCAAAUACUUACUCAUAUUUUUGAAAUGUAUGAAGAAAUAAAUCAGUUUCUUCACCACCAAAGCAGCAAUUUAGUUGAUGGCUUUGAAAACAAAGAGUUUAAAGUUCACCUAGCAUACCUUGCAGAUUUAUUCAAACACCUAAAUGAACUUAGUGCAUCUAUGCAAAGGACUGGAAUGAACACAGUAUCAGCUAGAGAGAAGUUGUCUGCUUUUGUUAGGAAGUUUCCAUUUUGGCUAAAGCGAAUUGAGAAAAGAAAUUUUACCAACUUUCCUUUUCUUGAAGAAAUCGUUGUUUCAGAUAAUGAAGCAUUAUGCAUUGCAGCUGAAAUAACAGUGCACCUGCAACAGUUGAGCAACUUCUUCCACGGAUAUUUCUCUGUUGGAGAUCUUGAUGAGGCAAGUAAAUGGAUACUGGAUCCAUUUCUUUUUAAUUUGGACUUUGUCGAUGAUGGCUAUUUAAUGAAAAAUGAUCUUGCUGAAUUACGAGCUAGUGGCCAAAUCCUAAUGGAAUUUGAGACAAUGAAGCUUGAGGAUUUCUGGUGUGCUCAAUUCACAGUGUUUCCAAGCCUAGCAAAGACAGCUCUAAAAAUCCUUAUACCGUUUGCAACUACAUAUCUUUGUGAGUUGGGAUUUUCAUCACUUUUGCAUUUUAAAACAAAGUCCAGAAGCUACCUGAAUAUGAGUGAUGACAUCCGUGUGGCUAUUUCAAAAAAAGUUCCUCGUUUUUCAGACAUCAUUGAACAAAAACUACAGCUGCAGAAGUCACUGUAAGCUGAUAGACUUUUUUAAUGUAUAAUUUUUAAUAUAUUCUUAAUUCCAUUGUAAAAUUAAGUUAUAAUUCUGUCUCUUUUAUAUUUAUGAUAUACCAAAUCCUUUAAAAGUUUAGCAUUUUUAACUUUUAAUUUUCACAUAAGACGUGAAAAUAUGUUUUGAGAAUAAAAGCACAAGCAGCAGAAAAGAUUAAGUGCUGCUGAUACAUAGGAUUCUUCUAAGUAUCUGCUUAACCUUUUGAUGUGAUACAUAAAAAAAGACACUCGAGCGCCACAAUAUCCAAGCUAAAUGGUACAAUAGGCUACGAAUAGAGCCAAGAGAAAAAGACCUCCCAGAACAUGCAUCUCAUGUUAAAAGUCAAAGGAAGAAAUGACAGACUGAGUCCUCCCAUGUCCUUGAGGGCUGUUUUGGGGAGGUUAAUGAAAUCAGAAGAGGAUUAUGAAAUGUUAUAGUGAGAGAAGGGAUGGUCCUAGUUAAUGUAAGAUUUUUUUUUUGUAAGAUUUAUUUUUAAAUGUAUUCUUUGGAGUUAGUCUCACAAUGUCCAUUCCUCUUAGUUCCUAUGCUCUAAAUUCCAUGACAUUAAUAAACAUCCUAAU